AUGGGCACAACUGAGAAGUAUUAUGAGAUGGAUAUCUCCGCCCACGGUCCCCGCCCGCUAGGCAGGAAUAAUACCAGUCAAGUCACUCUGCAGAUGAGGGCAUCACUGUCCUGGGACAAAGACUGGAAUGUAUUGUAUGUGCAAAGAAAGCCCUCUACAGACUCUCAGCUCUCUGUUGGCACCAUGCCUUACCAUGAUGAGGAGUACCCAGGUCAGCCUCUCUGGCAGUCUGUGUUGCUCUUCUGCUGUAAGGGUAUGAUCGAGGGAAUCAUGGUCAUACUCUUCUUCUGGCUUCUGGUGCAGGUCCUCUUUACCAAACAACUAGAAGUUCAUCUCCAAAUUCUUCUUUUGGUUGGACUGAUCAUCUUUUGCCUCUGUUUGAUCUUGGGAUGUAUUCUGUGCUGGAGGAAAAGUCACGUUUGUCCAGUGACAGACAAAGAUCCUGCGACGUCAGCUGCAGCUCCCACUGAACCUGUGACCUUUGCCCAGAGCCCACCUCCCUCAGCAGGAACAACAGCAUCAAGGCAACAAUACGAAGAGCUGGGUGGUGAUAUCCUGGAAUAUCCAUCCACAUUCACUAGCCCUGCCCCUUCAGAGUGUGAAUUUACUUCUCUGCCAUUUUCUAAUCAAGCUCAAGUUGCCUCUGAACGAAAGGAGCAGCCAAAGUCUUAUUUUUCCUUGCGCCGUCUCAGCACGCCACCGCUAAUGUCACCCCUUUAUAAACCCAUAGAUCCCAGCCAUGCGUCCCUGCCUACAUUUCCCAAACUGGGACUAUUGUCCAAAACAUGUAAGGCUCUGCAGAGGCGUUGCACUGUCACUGGGGACAGUAUAUCUUAUAGUGAACACAGCAGACUCACCAGCCCCAUUUCUGUCUCUCCUUCUAUGCCUGAAGAACCAAUCCCACUAGCUCCUCUGACCUACGGCUCCAGUGCCAGCUGCAAACAGCUAAUAUCACCAAAACCCUGUCUGCAUUUCACUAUGGCCUUCUCUGCAGAGCAGCAAACCCUGGUAGUCACUGUUCUCAGCCUCAGUGGGUCGCCUCACAGACUGGAGGAUGUGUCUGUGCUGGGCAGCCUGCCGCCUCUGUACCCCUGUCCCAUACAAGCCUCUGUUCAAAGCAGCCUCAGCCCCGAGCCAUACAGCCUGGCGCUGCGUUUGAAGGUGAGCUCUGUGAAUGAGCUCCAAAAAUGUUCUCUCAGAACAGCUGUGUAUGCUCGGGAACCACACACCCAGAGAGGCACCGCACUGGGUGAACUGGAAGUUGAAUGUGGAGGAAAAGACUGGAAGGCAGAGCAUCCAUUUCACUUCACGAAAGAACUUAACCCAAACACAUGCAAACUAAAAAAGAGUUUGAUCUCCCAAGAUGCAUCGAUGUGUAAGGGGAUUAGCUGUCCUCCACAGAUCUUUGUUUUGCUUCAGUAUCAGGCUCUGGCCCACCGCAUCAAGACCACGGUCCUCAGAGCAGAUAACCUAGACAAACUCAUUCACACGUCGGCAGCACCAGAAUAUCAGGUGGUGAUCAAUCUGCAUCAUGAGGGUAUUGUGAUCAGCUGCAGAGAAACUAAAGGAGGGUCCUGUACUGUCUGGAAUACUUCAUUUCUGUUUGACCUUCCUCCAGGAGACAUCAGUCAGCUGCCCCUCAUGCUCGAGUUCAUAAUCAUGCAGAAUCAGGUCCAUUCAGAAGGUAGAGUCCUUGGUCGAGUCCUCAUCGGCACAGAGGCAGCAGAUGCAGGACGUGCUCACUGGAGGGACAUGUGCAGCUUAGAGGUGGAGCAGGCACGCUGGCACAAUGUUCAACCAGAACCACAAUAG